AUGCCAAAGCCCUUCUGCGAUGCUCCUGAUUUACAAAACGUUUUGAUCACGGAUGAGCUGAGUUACAACCGUGAUAAGUUAAGAGAAGAGCAUCAUAGGGACGUUUUGAAAAUGACUGAUGAGCAAAAGAAGAUCUACAAGGAGAUUAUUGAUGCUGUUACAGAAAAAAGAUUAUUAUCUGCUGCUAUUAGAUCCAGAGGUGAGAUUGCGUUGAAUGUUGCAUCAAGUGGUAUUGCUUCCCUUCUGUUACAAGGAGGAAGGACUGCACAUUCUAGAUUCGGUAUACCAAUCAAUCCAGAUGAGUACUCUUUUUGUAAUUUGCCACCAGGGACAGAUGCUGCUAAUUUGGUUAAAGAAGCCUCUAUGAUUAUUUUGGAUGAAGCACCGAUGAUGAGCAAGCACUGUUUUGAGUCACUCGAUAGGAGCUUAGCCGACAUUAUGAGGAUUAAAGAAAAGAAGCCAUUUGCUGGGAAAGUUGUUGUAUUAUGUGGAGAUUUUAGGCAAGUUCUGGCUGUUAUAAAUGGUGGCUCGAGGCCUGAGAUUGUGUUGAAUUCGCUAAAUUACUCUUACUUGUGGAAACAUUGCAAAGUGCUCAGAUUAACAAAGAACAUGAGGUUGCUGUCGACUAAUAUGACCCCGGAAGAGUUGAAGGAACUUGAAUCAUUUUUGAAGUGGAUAUUGGAUGUUGGAGAUAGAGUUGCUGGUGAGUCAAAUGAAGGUGAUGCACUAAUCACUAUCCCGGAUGAAUUUCUUAUAAUGGAUGCCAACGAUCCCGUAGAAUCAAUCAGCCAUGAAAUAUAUGGAGAUACAACAGCUCUACAGCAGCAGAAGGAUCCUAUUUUUUUUCAAGAGAGAGCUAUUCUUUGCCCGACAAAUGAGGAUGUGAACAAUAUAAACCAGCAUAUGUUGGAUAAGCUCGAGGGUGAAGAGAGAACAUAUUUGAGCUCUGACAGCAUCGACCCAUCUGAUACACGUUCCGUUAAUGAUCUGACUCUCACACCAGAUUUUUUAAACAGUAUCAAGGUAUCAGGCUUACCAAAUCAUCAUCUUAGGUUGAAAAUUGGAUGCCCUGUCAUGUUGCUGAGGAACAUUGAUAAUGUUGGAGGUCUGAUGAAUGGAACUAGAUUGCAGAUUAUAGAUAUGUGUGAAUUCUGUGUGAAAGCAAGAAUUAUUACAGGAAAGAGAGUUUGGAAAGUUGUUAUAGUUCCUAGACUGUCUAUUACUCCAUCAGACAAUAAGUUACCAUUCAAGAUGAGGAGAAGGCAGCUUCCUAUUUCUGUGGCCUUUGCUAUCACGAUUAAUAAAAGUCAGGGACAGUCUCUGUCACAUGUUGGUAUUUAUUUACCACGCCCUGUGUUCUCUCACGGACAGCUCUAUGUUGCUAUCUCUAGGGUCACAUCCAAAAAAGGUUUGAAGAUUUUGAUUCUAGACGAUAAUGGUAAGCCUCAGAAACAGACAAGAAAUGUGGUAUUCAAAGAGAUUUUUCAAAAUCUCUGA